CUUUAUCACUUUGUCCGGUGCUUCUUCUUCAAUCUUCAGCUCUUCAUUGUUGCUUAAUCUCUCUGUUUCGCACCCUAAUCAGUGGUCUGGUUAAUCUCAGCAUUUAUUUCUCAGUACGUACUUUGUAGAAGACUAGAAGUCUUGCAGGCUGCAGCAGAGUGUAGACGCGAUUUGCGAUCAUCAUGUAGCUCCAGCACACUGACUUCAAUUGAGUUGCAAGUGAAUGCUCCUGUAAAGGGGUCUUGACAGGUGAACUAGAGGGGGUUGGUAUACAGCUUGUGGUGGUAUAUUUGCAAGGGAAAAUGGCUUACCAAAGAAGGGGGUCAGAUCUGCAACAGCAAAGGCGGAUUAUGAGGACACAGACUGCCGGCAAUCUCGGGGAGUCCAUGAUGGACAGUGAAGUGGUACCAUCAUCUCUGGUGGAAAUUGCCCCAAUUCUACGUGUUGCCAAUGAGGUCGAACCCAGCAACCCAAGGGUUGCUUACCUCUGUAGGUUUUAUGCUUUUGAGAAAGCUCAUCGAUUAGAUCCAACAUCAAGUGGACGUGGAGUUCGCCAGUUCAAAACUGCCCUUCUUCAGAGGCUGGAAAGAGAAAAUGAAUCAACUUUAGCAGGAAGGACAAAAAGUGAUGCUCGUGAAAUGCAGAGUUUUUAUCAACAUUACUACAGGAAGUAUAUUCAAGCUCUACAGAAUGCAGCUGAUAAAGCUGAUCGUGUGAGGCUUACAAAGGCAUACCAAACUGCUGCUGUGCUUUUUGAGGUCUUGAAGGCUGUUAAUCUGACAGAAUCUGUUGAAGUGGCUGAUGAGAUUUUGGAAGCUCAAGCGAAGGUUGCUGAAAAGACAAAGACACUGGUGCAUUAUAAUAUACUUCCACUUGAUCCUGAAAGUUCAAAUCAAGCAAUUAUGAGAUACCCUGAGAUCCAAGCAUCUGUGGCUGCUCUACGUAAUACAAGGGGUCUACCAUGGCUGAAGGGCCAUAAGAAGAAAGUAGAUGAAGAUAUUCUAGAUUGGCUUCAAUCUAUGUUUGGUUUUCAGAAAGAUAAUGUUGCAAAUCAAAGAGAACAUCUGAUUUUAUUGCUGGCAAAUGUGCAUAUUAGACAAUUUCCGAAACCUGAUCAUCAACAACCUAAGUUGGAUGACCGUGCACUUACAGAAGUCAUGAAGAAGCUAUUUAAAAACUACAAAAGAUGGUGCGAGUACCUUAACCGCAAGAGUAGUCUCUGGUUGCCAACAAUCCAACAAGAAGUGCAGCAAAGAAAAUUGCUUUACAUGGGUCUAUAUCUUCUUAUCUGGGGGGAAGCUGCAAAUUUAAGAUUCAUGCCAGAAUGUUUAUGCUAUAUUUAUCAUCAUAUGGCAUUUGAACUGUAUGGUAUGUUGGCAGGAAGCGUUAGUCCUGUGACUGGUGAGACUGUCAAACCUGCCUAUGGGGGUGAUGAUGAGGCUUUUUUGACAAAAGUGGUUACUCCUAUCUACAACACAAUAGCAAAGGAAGCUAAAAGGAGUGGAGAUGGAAGAUCAAAGCAUUCUAAAUGGAGGAAUUAUGAUGACUUGAAUGAGUACUUCUGGUCGGAGAAUUGCUUUAGAUUAGGUUGGCCAAUGCGUCUUGAUGCUGAUUUCUUCUGCCUUCCUGUUGAACGGUUACGAGAUCUAGAAACUGAAUCAGUUAAGAAUAAACGGUGGAUGGGGAAAAUCAACUUUGUUGAGAUACGCUCAUUUUGCCACAUUUUUAGGAGUUUUGAUAGAAUGUGGGGGUUUUACAUUCUGUCUUUACAGGCAAUGAUUAUUAUUGCAUGGAAUGGAUCCGGUGCACCGAGUUCUAUAUUUGAGGGAGAAGUGUUCAAGAAAGUGUUGAGCAUCUUUAUAACAGCUUCAGUAUUAAAACUAGCUCAAGCUAUUGUUGACAUAAUCAUGAGUUGGAAAGCAAGACAAAGCAUGUCAAUCUAUGUCAAGCUAAGAUACAUUCUGAAAGCUGUCUCUGCAGCAGCGUGGGUCAUAAUAUUGCCAGUAACUUAUGCAUAUAGUUGGAAAAAUCCUCCUUCAUUUGCACAGACAAUAAAGAGCUGGUUUGGCAACAGUCCAAGUUCGCCUUCUUUGUUCUUCAUUGCAGUUCUGUUUUACUUGUCCCCAAACAUGCUCUCUGCAUUGUUGUUUCUAUUUCCUUUUAUACGCCGUAAUCUUGAGAGGUCAGAGUAUAAGAUUGCGAGGCUUGUAAUGUGGUGGUCCCAGCCUCGGCUUUAUGUUGGAAGGGGAAUGCAUGAUGACACAUUUUCACUGGUCAAAUACACACUCUUUUGGGUUCUCCUCAUGGCAUCAAAGUUGGCAUUCAGUUUCUUUGUUGAGAUAAAACCUCUUGUAGGUCCUACUAAAGAAAUCAUGCAGGUUCACAUACAAAGAUACCAGUGGCAUGAGUUCUUCCCCCGAGCAAAGAAAAACAUUGGUGUUGUGAUUGCACUAUGGGCUCCUAUUAUUCUUGUCUACUUCAUGGACACUCAGAUUUGGUAUGCAAUUUUCUCUACAAUAUUUGGCGGUAUAUAUGGUGCAUUCCGCCGUCUGGGAGAGAUUCGAACAUUAGGAAUGCUUAGGUCUCGGUUUCAGUCACUGCCAGGGGCUUUUAAUGCCUGCUUGAUUCCAUUGGAAAAGAAAGAAAAAGCUAAGAAGGGACUAACAGCGGCAUUAUCUCGAAAGUUUGAUGAGGUGACAAGCAGUAGAGGGAAUGAAGCUGCAAGGUUCGCUCAGAUGUGGAACAAGAUAAUUGAGAGCUUUAGAGAUGAGGAUCUGAUAAACAAUAGGGAAAUGAACUUAUUGCUUGUGCCCAGUAGGGCAGAUAAGGACUUGGAAGACCUUGUUCAGUGGCCUCCAUUUUUAUUAGCUAGCAAGAUUCCAAUUGCAUUGGAUAUGGCUGAAAAUAGUGAUGGGAGAGGUCGUGAGCUGAUGAAAAGAUUGAAUGCUGACACUUACAUGCGCAGUGCAAUUCGUGAGUGUUAUGCUUCCUGCAAAAGCAUUAUCAAUUAUUUGGUUUUGGGUGAAAAGGAAAAAGCUGUUAUAAAUGAAAUUUUCUCCAAAGUUGAUCAUCACAUACAAGAAGGCGACCUGAUAAAAGAAUUUAACAUGAGCGGUCUUCCUAUCCUCUACCGAAAAUUUGUGGAGCUUAUUGAGAUUUUGAAAGAAAAUGAGGAGGAGAAGAAGGAUCAGCUAGUUAUUGUUUUGCUCGAUAUGUUAGAGGUUGUAACCAGAGAUAUAAUGCAAGACUAUGUUCCAAGUUUACUGGAAUCUAGCCAUGGUGGUUUUGGGCACGAGGAGAUGACCCCUCUUAGUGAACAUAACCAGUUCUUUCGUGACCUUAAGUUCCCUGUUACAGAGGAAACAGAAUCAUGGAAGGAAAAGAUUGGCAGGCUUCAUUUAUUGCUCACAGUAAGAGAGUCUGCAAUGGAUGUUCCAACCAACUUAGAAGCUAGGAGGCGCAUUUCAUUCUUCUCAAAUUCAUUGUUUAUGGACAUGCCCCCAGCUCCUAAAGUUCGCAAUAUGCUCUCUUUUUCUGUAUUGACUCCUUACUAUAAUGAGGAGGUUCUUUUCACCAUGGACUCUCUGUUAAAGCCAAAUGAAGAUGGUGUUUCUAUACUCUUUUAUCUGCAAAAAAUUUACCCUGAUGAGUGGGACAACUUUCUGGAGCGGGUUCGCAGCAGUGAAGAAGAUCUCAAGGGCAAUACAAGUUUGGAAGAAGAACUUCGUCUAUGGGUUUCAUAUAGAGGCCAAACAUUGACCAAAACUGUUCGAGGUAUGAUGUACUAUCGUCAAGCUUUGGAACUUCAGGCGUUCCUUGAUAUGGCAAAAGAUGAAGAGUUAAUGAGAGGCUAUAAGGCUGCUGAAUCUAAUAAUGAGGAUCAAAUGCGAAAUGAUAGGUCUUUAAUGGCACAAUGUCAAGCAGUUGCAGACAUGAAAUUCACUUAUGUUGUUUCGUGCCAGCAAUAUGGCAUUCAGAAACGAAAUGAACGUAACAAAGCUCAAGAUAUAUUGAGACUUAUGAUAAAGUAUCCAUCACUUCGUGUUGCUUACAUUGAUGAGGUUGAAGUAACUAGCACUGAAAAAUCCAAAAAGCCCGUUGAUAAGGUUUAUUAUUCGGCUCUUGUGAAGGCUGUGCCAAAAUCUGUUGACUUAUCUGAGCCAGAUCAGAAGUUAGAUCAGGUAAUUUAUCGCAUAAAACUUCCCGGCCCUGCUUUAUUGGGUGAAGGAAAGCCAGAAAACCAAAACCAUGCCAUAAUCUUUACUCGUGGUGAAGGAUUGCAAACAAUUGAUAUGAACCAGGAUAACUACAUGGAAGAAGCCUUCAAAAUGAGGAAUUUAUUGCAAGAGUUUCUUAAGAAGCAUGGAGUGAGGAAUCCAACCAUUCUGGGACUGAGGGAGCAUAUAUUCACUGGCAGUGUUUCUUCACUUGCAUGGUUUAUGUCAAUGCAAGAGACCAGUUUUGUUACAAUUGGACAAAGGUUACUGGCCAAUCCAUUGAAGGUUCGUUUUCACUAUGGUCAUCCUGACAUAUUUGACAGACUGUUUCAUCUAACAAGAGGUGGUGUCAGCAAGGCUUCCAGUGUUAUCAACCUAAGUGAAGACAUUUUUGCAGGUUUCAAUUCUACACUACGUGGAGGCAAUGUUACACACCACGAAUAUAUACAAGUCGGUAAAGGAAGAGAUGUGGGGCUCAAUCAAAUUUCAAUGUUUGAGGCAAAGAUAGCCUGUGGAAAUGGUGAGCAGACAAUGAGUCGUGAUGUUUACAGACUUGGACAUCGCUUCGAUUUUUUCCGCAUGCUGUCAUGUUACUUCACCACUGUGGGGUUCUAUUUUAGUACUAUGAUAACUGUUCUUGUGGUAUACGUAUUUCUGUAUGGUCGCCUCUAUCUUGUUCUCAGUGGACUUGAGAAUGGGUUGAUUUCCCACCCAGCUAUACGGGAUAAUAAACCUCUUCAAGUUGCUCUUGCCUCUCAGUCUUUUGUGCAGAUUGGACUUUUAAUGGCAUUGCCGAUGAUGAUGGAGAUAGGUCUUGAAAGGGGUUUCCGCACUGCCUUGACUGAUUUUGUACUGAUGCUGCUACAACUUGCCCCUUUAUUCUUCACGUUUUCUCUUGGUACGAGGACCCAUUACUAUGGAAGAACAUUGCUGCACGGGGGAGCUGAAUACAAAGGCACUGGUCGUGGCUUUGUUGUAUUUCAUGCCAAAUUUGCUGAAAACUAUCGCCUGUAUUCACGCAGCCAUUUCGUGAAGGGAAUUGAAUUGAUGAUUCUAGCUCUUGUGUACCACAUAUUUGGUAAACCAUAUAGAGAUGUUGCUUACAUCCUGGUAACUAUGUCAAUAUGGUUCCUGGUGGGAACAUGGCUAUUUGCUCCUUUCUUGUUCAACCCGUCGGGAUUUGAGUGGCAAAAGAUUCUUGAUGAUUGGACAGAUUGGAAUAAAUGGAUUCACAACCAGGGUGGCAUUGGUGUGCCACCAGCGAAAAGCUGGGAAUCUUGGUGGGAGAAAGAACAAAUGCAUCUCCAGUAUUCAGGGAUGCGCGGCAUCAUCAUUGAAAUAUUGUUAUCACUGCGGUUUUUUAUCUACCAAUAUGGGCUUAUAUAUCACCUGUCCAUCACAAAGAAAUAUAAAAGCAUCUUGGUCUAUGGCAUUUCAUGGCUUGUAAUUUUCUUUGUCCUAGCAGUAAUGAAGAUUGUAUCUGCCGGGAGGAGGAAAUUCAGCGCUGAUUUUCAGCUCGUGUUUCGGUUGAUCAAAGGCCUAAUAUUCAUCUCGUUCAUGUCUGUUCUGAUCACUCUAAUAGCAGUCCUGCACAUGACAUUCCGCGACAUCAUUGUUUGCAUCCUCGCUUUCAUGCCAACCGGAUGGGGAUUGCUCUUGAUUGCUCAAGCGCUGAAGCAUUGGGUUCAACGUGCUGGGUUCUGGGGAUCUGUUAGGACACUGGCACGCGGUUAUGAACUAAUGCUGGGGCUGCUUUUGUUCACUCCAGUCGCAUUCCUGGCUUGGUUCCCAUUUGUGUCGGAAUUCCAGACCCGCAUGUUGUUCAACCAAGCAUUUAGCAGAGGUCUGCAGAUUUCUCGUAUUCUUGGUGGUCCAAAGAAGGAGAAAGACAGCUCCAAAAACAGCAAAGAGUAGCUUCAUUCGUGUCCAUUGUAGCACUUAAUUUAGUCGCAGGUUUUGGUCACUGUUUAGUGUUUAGGCUCAUCACUGAUAUAUAAAACUAGAUCAGAAUUGGUUGCAUGUCUAUAAGUUUCUGUUUAGAGUUUGGAUUAUUGUAAGGAUCUUUUGUAAAUAUAUACAUGUAAUAGAGUAAGUUUGUAAUUAUAUAUUUAUAUAA